UUUCCCACAAGAAGGGAAAGAUCUUCCUCAACGACACUGGUGACUCGUCCUGUGAAGGGUACUACAAGUUCAGGGAUGACAUUUCACUGAUGAAGGAGCUGAAGCUCAACCACUACCGCUUCUCUAUCUCCUGGCCCAGACUCAUGCCAACUGGCAUCAAGUCUGAUCAUGUGAACGAGAAAGGAAUCAAGUACUACGACAACCUGAUCGACAGUCUGCUGGAGAACCAGAUCACUCCCAUAGUGACACUGUACCACUGGGACCUGCCACAGGUGCUGCAGGAGAAAUACGGGGGAUGGCAUAACAUCAGCAUGGUCAACUACUUCAACGACUUUGCCAACCUCUGCUUCGAGAGAUUUGGAAACCGGGUUAAAUACUGGAUAACAUUCAACAAUCCAUGGUCGGUAGCUGUGGAGGGCUAUGAGACAGGAGAACAUGCCCCAGGGAUCAAACUGAGAGGCACCGGGGCCUACAGGGCCGCCCAUCAUCUCAUCAAGGCACACGCUAAGGUGUGGCACACCUAUGACAGUCUGUGGAGAAACAAGCAGAAAGGUAUGGUGGGCAUCUCCCUGGCAGGGGACUGGGGCGAGCCCGUGGACAUCACCAACCAGAAGGACAUUGAGGCAGCAGAGAGAUACGUCCAAUUCUACAUGGGCUGGUUCGCCACUCCCAUCUUUCACGGAGACUACCCACAAGUCAUGAAGGACUUCAUUGGUCGUAAGAGUGCCCAGCAGGGUCUGGGUACGUCUCGUCUCCCCACCUUCUCUUCCCAGGAGAAGAGCUAUAUAAGAGGCACCUGCGACUUCAUGGGCGUGGGCCACUUCACCACGCGCUACAUCACCCACAAGACCCAACCCGCCGGGCGGAGCAGCACCUACUUCACCGACCGUGACGUGGCCGAGCUGGUCGACCCCCGCUGGCCUGACCCCGGCUCCGAGUGGCUCUACGCCGUGCCCUGGGGCUUCCGCAGGCUGCUCAACUUCGUUAAGACUCAGUAUGGGAACCCAAUGAUCUACAUCACAGAGAACGGCGUGUCGGAGAAGAUGGUGUGUACCGAGCUGUGUGACGACUGGAGGAUACAGUAUAUGAAGGAUUACACCAACGAGAUGCUGAAGGAUCCCCUGACCAGUCACAUGGAGAUGGUAACGGAGAUUGUGGUCCCCACUGUGUGCACACUCAGCAUCCUGCUCAGCGCAGUCUUCCUCAUGUUCCUGCUGCGCAGACGAAACUGA